CGCUGAGAAUGGUAACUCAUCUUGGAAUCAGCGCGCUCACAUCAGUGGCAUGCUUCAUGGAGAUAUGUACCUCUCAUUAACCUCUGAACCACCAACAUGGAUUGCAAACCCCCUGUUCUUUUUCUGAUCCUCUCUUCAUUGAUCUCCCUGGGACAACUCACUAACCAUCCCUCCAACGAAGUUAAUCUGCUGGAUUCGAAGGCGAGUCAAGGGGAGCUGGGCUGGAUCUCUUAUCCAUCACAUGGGUGGGAAGAGAUCAGUGGGGUGGACGAGCACUAUACCCCGAUCCGCACCUACCAAGUGUGCAACGUGAUGGAGUACAACCAGAACAACUGGCUAAGGACCAACUGGAUCCCGCGCAACUCAGCCCAGAAGAUUUACGUGGAGCUCAAGUUCACCCUGAGAGACUGCAACAGCAUCCCCCUGGUGCUGGGCACCUGCAAGGAGACCUUCAACCUGUACUGCAUGGAGUCGGACGAGGACCAAGGGGUCAAGUUCCAGGAGCACCAGUACACAAAGAUCGACACCAUCGCGGCUGACGAGAGCUUCACUCAGAUGGACCUGGGCGACCGCAUCCUCAAGCUCAACACUGAGGUGCGCGAGGUGGGGCCUGUGAGCAAGAAGGGGUUCUACCUGGCCUUCCAGGAUGUGGGGGCCUGCGUGGCACUGGUCUCUGUGCGGGUCUACUUCAAGAAGUGCCCGUACACUGUUAAGAACCUGGCCAUGUUCUCAGACACAGUGCCCAUGGACUCCCAGUCACUGGUGGAGGUGCAGGGCUCCUGCGUCAAUCACUCUAAAGAGGAGGAGCCUCCCAGGAUGUACUGCAGCACGGAGGGGGAGUGGCUAGUGCCCAUCGGGAAAUGCUUGUGCAACAUCGGGUAUGAGGAGAGGGGGAACUCCUGCCAAGACUGCAGACCCGGAUUCUACAAAUCUCUCCCUGGGAACGCAAAGUGUGCAAAGUGUCCUCCACACAGCUACACCCACCAGGAGGGAUCUGUGCACUGCAGCUGCGAGAAAAACUACUUCCGCGCAGAGAAGGACCCAGUCUCCAUGGCCUGCACCAGACCUCCCUCUGCCCCGAGGAAUGUCAUUUCAAACAUCAAUGAGACUUCGGUCAUCCUGGACUGGACCUGGCCGGCAGACACAGGGGGCCGGAAGGACGUGACGUUCAGCGUGGUGUGUAAGAAAUGUGGUGCCAGCGCUCAGCAGUGUGAGCCGUGCCGCGGGGCUGUGCGGUUCCUACCACGCCGUGUCGGCCUCACCAACACCACAGUGACCGUGGCCGACCUGCUGGCUCACACCACCUACACCUUCGAGAUCGAGGCCCUGAACGGCGUCUCGGAGAAGGGCUCCGCACUCAAGCAGUGUGCCGCCGUCACCAUUACCACCAACCAAGCCGGUAAGGCUCCAUCACCAGUCACUGUGAUCAGGAAGGACCGCACGGCUCGGAACAGCGUCACCCUGUCCUGGCAGGAGCCAGAGCGACCCAAUGGGAUCAUCCUGGACUACGAGGUCAAAUACUACGAGAAGCAGGAACAAGAGACAAGCUACACUAUCCUGAGAUCAAAAGGCACCAACGUAACGAUCAACGGGCUGAAACCUGACACCACGUACCUGUUUCAGAUCCGAGCACGCACUGCCGCAGGGUACGGGGCCAGCAGCCGCAAGUUCGAAUUUGAAACCAGUCCGGAUUCUUUCUCCAUCUCCAGUGAGAACAGCCAGGUGGUGAUGAUUGCCAUCUCAGCCGCUGUAGCCAUCAUCCUGCUGACUGUGGUGGGGUACAUUCUGAUUGGCAGAUUCUGUGGGCAUAACAAGUCGAAACACGCUGAUGAAAAGAGGUUUCAGUUUGGAAAUGAUCAUUUAAAACUCCCAGGACUCAGGACAUAUGUAGACCCGCACACUUAUGAGGACCCCAAUCAGGCUAUCCAUGAAUUUGCCAAGGAAUUGGACUCCUCUUGCAUAUCCAUCGAUAAAGUGGUUGGAGCAGGUGAAUUUGGAGAAGUGUGUAGUGGCCGGCUGAAGCUGCCCUCGAAGAGAGAGAUCUCUGUGGCAAUCAAAACCCUGAAAGCAGGCUACACUGAGAACCAGAGGCGGGACUUCCUGAGCGAGGCCAGCAUCAUGGGGCAGUUUGAGCACCCCAACAUCAUCCGGCUGGAGGGAGUGGUCACCAGAAGUAAACCAGUGAUGAUUGUCACAGAAUACAUGGAAAAUGGUUCUUUAGACAGUUUUCUACGAAAGCACGAUGCCCAGUUCACUGUGAUCCAGCUGGUGGGCAUGCUGCGCGGCAUUGCCUCUGGGAUGAAGUAUCUCUCUGAUAUGGGCUACGUUCACAGAGACCUGGCGGCUCGCAACAUCCUGGUCAACAGCAACCUGGUGUGUAAGGUGUCUGACUUCGGGCUGUCGCGUGUGCUGGAGGAUGACCCUGAGGCUGUCUACACGACGCGGGGUGGCAAGAUCCCGAUCCGGUGGACUGCACCAGAAGCCAUCGCCUACCGCAAGUUCACCUCCGCCAGCGAUGUGUGGGGCUACGGCAUUGUGCUGUGGGAGGUGAUGGCAUACGGAGAAAGGCCUUACUGGGAGAUGUCCAAUCAGGAUGUAAUUAAAGCAGUGGAUGAAGGCUACCGGCUGCCUCCUCCCAUGGACUGCCCAGCUGCCCUGUACCAGCUGAUGCUAGACUGCUGGCAGAAGGACAGGAACAACAGGCCCAAGUUUGAGCAGAUUGUCAGCAUUCUGGACAAGCUCAUCCGCAACCCAAGCAGUCUCAAGAUCAUUGCCAACACCGCUUCCAGGCCAUCAAACCUGCUGCUGGACCGGAACAGCACAGACAUCACUGCCUUCCGCUCAAUGGGCGACUGGCUGGAGAGUGUCCGGACUGUGCCCUGCAAGGACCACUACACUGGGGUCAGCUACAGCUCCUGCAACACGCUGGCAAAGACAUCAGUAGAAAUAUGCCUGAGUGAUGUUAAGCCAACAGCCUCCUUACCUGAGUUUGAACCGCCCCUGGGGAUUUCCACACUUUAACCACAGCAAUCCCAGAUGGGACUUCAAGAAGAUAGGCGUAACUGUUGUAGGACCUCAAAAGAAGAUUGUAAGCAGCAUUAAAGCACUUGAAACACACACAAAGAAUGGCCCGGUUCCAGUGUAAGACAGGCCCUUCGCUGUUUUGGGUCAGAAAUAAAAAAUAAAAACAAUGUGGGAAAACAAUGCAAUGGACAGCAAAUUGAUGGAACAGUGGCAAAGGCACAGGGGGAUCCAGGGAUCUCAGGAAGAGUUUCACAGUGCUCAGAGUCCAGAUGGAUAUUAGUCCCGGGGUACAUAAAGACUUGCCAGUGCUAUGAGUUAGAGUUGCCUUAAUUUAAAAAAAAAAAAAACCAAGAGGAAGGAAAACUGUGUUUUCUACCAAUUUAAGUACUUCAAUCAAGCUGUGUUUUACUAUGUAACCAGGAGGUGAGAACAUUUAUUCACAAGGUUGCAUCAGAAAGCAUGGCUAGCUUUGAGACUGAUAAUUGAUCAAGUGGAAGUGGUAAGAAUGGUGUUUGCUGUUAACAUGUUUCAAAUGAAUUAGUAACAGGGAACGACUUUACUAAUGUUGCUAAAAAGGAAUAAACUCAAAUAAAUAGAUAAGAUAACCCAACUACCACUGGAGACUAGAUUUCGAUUGCAGGAACUGUUGAUGUCUUGAGCUAAGCAAUGCAAUAAAAUCAGCUCAGAACACCCCGACUCCUACCCAGAGGUUUAACACACUAAUCAUUCUAUCAAUCAUUGCACACGCACAGGCUUCAGCAGGGUCAGGGAUGGAUGUCGAACAGACAGAUCAAAAAACAUUAAGGCUUCUGACCACAGAAAUGCAUAGUUCAGCAUAGGGUGUUCUUCUGUUGAGUUUUACAGUGAAAUCAUGCAGCGGUCCUCAGAAUGACAGCCCUAUUCAUGUAAUGUAAUGUAAUGUAAUGUAAUGAAAGUGCCAAACAGCAAGUUACUUUGCUUUAGGGAACUAUGUGUGGUGUAUUUGAACCCCACGGUUAACACACGAACACAGUGUGGAGAUUAAGAGUCUCUAUUUAUAUGUCUUGGGCCAGAUAAGAAAGCAGGGUUUUCAGUUUAAUAACUAUUUCUCUCAAUACUAAUUGACAAAUGCUAGUUUUCUCACACAGAAUGAUAUGCAACAUAUGGUGUAAUGUACAUAGGAAUACAUUAGGAAUCCUUUUUUAUGUGGGGUUAUGAGUUACCAUUGAUUUCAAAUUAGAUUAUAUUGUAAUGGAGAUACUAUUUUGAAUGUGGAGAAAGUCCAAUUCAAAUUGUUUGCAUGAAAGUACCGACUGACAGACAAGAUGGAAGACUCGGGGCCAGUCCCAUUGCUGUCCCUUCUUGUUGACUUUGCCCCAGCUAGCAGUCACACUUGUAAUGCCAUGCGGUUGCCCAGUGCAGGUUUUAAAGGGGAAAUAAUCUGGGUAGUCAGAUUGGAACUGGUAUUACAUGUCAGUGGUAACAGUUGCUGUGAUUUAUAUAAAACUGAGAACCAUUCUUAUAAUUUUUAAUAAUAAAAAAAAAGAAAAAGUGAUCUUUUGAUGCGCCGCAGUGUCUCGUCUGAAGUGAUGCAGAAGGCAUAGCGGAAAACUGGAGGGGUAAUCUUGAUGUCAAUUGAAUGAUGCAUCUUUAACAGCCGAAGACGCGAGGGAAAGAAUAAUAAGAUAUAUUGGGAAAUAUAUCCUGAAGGGGCAGAAGUGAGCAGAAAUCAGUUGCAAUCAGAGUAAACACUGUCCCAGGCUCUGCUUCAUUGCGUACCUCCCCCCCGGCUUCAUGGAGCAUCCCAAUGAAUGGGCCCUUAGUGGGAGAGACUGCACUCCUGUUACAAACACUGCUCUUCAACACAGUAUCUUCAAGUGAUUUCUCAUGUACUCUUUAAAAGAGUGCAAACAAACAAAACUGAUCUAUUAGUCACUGUUGUAUAGGACACAGAAACAUACCUGUAUCUCUCUCUUUAUACAUGUGAAUAAAUACUCUUCCCCACAGUGUUAUCUUGUACAUAUGGAAACAUGAUAUUGUAAUAUUAGUAACAGUGACAUUAGCGGUACUGUCGUUUAUGUGGCCAUCUCUUGUACAGUACUUAUAUUAAAAAAGCUUGCUUAGGACAACAUUUUUUUAAAACAUGUACCAUAUUAUCUGUUCAGUACCUUAAAAAUCAAUUCUAAUUUCCAGCUAUUAUUUAUUCCUGUUAGCAUAUCCAGUGCAGAGUUGUUGCUUGUAGCAUACAGUAAACUAUGACAGUGUAUGGGAUUCCUAUUGAUGAUGUGUAUUUACCUUUUAUUGUGUAAGUUUGUUUCGUUGGUAUUUUUUUUUUGUUUUUAAAUACAAUACUGUUUUCCCCUAA